UUUUUCAUGGUAGAUUGAUGCGAUUACUACGUGGAGGUUUUCCAUUACGCAAGUGGAAUUGAUAAGAUUGAUAAGAGUUUUCAAACAGUGUCCUGAGGAUGACGAAACAGGUCAGCUGACUGAUGACGUUUCAACGCGAGUAACUUCACGAGGAGGGAAGCACGUAAGAAGAGUCACUCGUGUCUGAGCUGCCGGGAGAACGCAAGCUAAGGAAUUACAUCCCAGUAAGUCAGCUGAGAAACCCGCGACGAACAGAAACCAUGCCUGAAGACAUUGCCAAAGGCAAGAAGGUCUUCGUUCAGAAGUGUGCGCAGUGCCAUACUGUGGAUCAGGGCGGAAAGCACAAGGUGGGGCCUAACCUCUGGGGUCUGUUUGGACGCAAAACAGGCCAAGCAGAGGGCUUCUCCUACACCGACGCAAACAAAAGCAAAGGUAUCACCUGGAGCGAUGAGACCCUGAUGGUUUAUUUGGAGAACCCCAAGAAAUACAUCCCAGGAACCAAGAUGAUCUUCGCUGGCAUCAAAAAGAAGACCGAACGAGCUGACCUCAUAGCGUACCUGAAGUCCGCAACUUCCUAAAGAACUCUACGCUGGCGCGUCUUUUGUGUCCCGACGCACUGAGCUUGCCAGCACGUGUCUUUCUGUCAAAAUCGAGAAUGCUGGUAUCGGCAUACUUCUCAUCUUCCCAUCUUCGUCACAGCUGUUUGUGAUCCUCCACUUGUGGUGCAGAGCGUGAUAUCCCCUGGUUUUAACAGGUUCCUUUUCUAGCAUAAAUUAUUAAAACCUACUGUUCAUACAAAUGUAGGGGCUUAAAUCUGUAUUUGCUCGCUGUUCAGGUAUUUCGGUAUCAUCGAGCUGUCUUGAUUAUUAUUGAUUUCUAGCACUGAAUGACAUAUUUGCUUCCAAUUUUAAUGAUGAGACUGUUAAUGUGAUAAAUAAAUGUUUUUCUUUUUCUAAUGUGUUAGACAACAUGCUGCUAGAAGUAAAUCCUUCCUCAGUUUGGGGUUUUUGAGAAAAAUACUGGGAUCUUUGGAGAAAAAUACUGAAUGGUCAUGUCAGGCUGGUAUUGUUUUUGUUCUUUAUACAGUUUUUUUCCCUCUAGGUUUCUGAACCAAAUUACAGCAAUAUAUUCUUCAGACGGAAUGAGCUUUUCCCUCUAAAUAAAGUGACUUAUUUCUAGCUUUA